UUGCAUUCUUUUGCCAUUAUCUGGGGCAUUCCAGCCUUCACUCCCAUCUGAGGUUCAUGGCUUCUCUGUUAAACUCUAAUUUCUUGCGCGACAUACGAUAAUGCGCGACGGCGCCAUGUCUACCUCGAACCCUCCACCAGAACGUCCUAGCCUUCCAUGGCGAUUCUCCUCCGCCCUGAUUAUGGGUCUGACAGGCUCGCUGUCGCAAGCUUUCCUGUACGGUCUCAACUACAUGGAGGUCAUAGGCCUCGACCGGUUCCUGGAGACAUUGGAAAAAAGGAAGGAUGUUGAGGGCAGGGAGAGAGGUCUCAUAACUGUAUCGAAUCAUGUCAGCGUAAUGGAUGAUCCUCUGAUGUGGGGUGUCCUUCCUCUGAGCUACGCGUUCAGCCCCUCGAAUCUUAGAUGGAGUUUGGGUAGCUACGACAUAUGUUUUCAGAAUAAAGCCCUUUCCUUGUUCUUUACUCUGGGCCAAGUCCUUCCGACACACAGAGGCGCCUACUCACCCAUCCACGGGGGGCUCUUCCAACCAACAAUUAGCCAGGCUAUCCGCCUGCUCUCCUCUCAGCCCUUUUCCAAGACCCCAGAGCCAGAGCCGACUCCUCACCCAUCUAUGUCCCCUCGAUCACCCGACAUAAUCGACCCCUUCUCCGCCAACGCCUUAACCUACACCACAAACGGGAUUGAUGUCUUUCCCGCGCCCUCCGCCUACCUCUCGCGCAGACACAGUUGGGUCCACAUCUUCCCAGAAGGGCGCGUCCACCAACACCCCGCCAAAUCGCUGCGCUAUUUCAAAUGGGGUGUCUCACGGCUGAUUCUCGAAUCCGAACCCCUCCCUGAAAUCGUACCCAUAUUCAUAGACGGACAUCAAGACCUGAUGCACGAGGACAGGGGAUGGCCCAGAUUUAUUCCUCGGACAGGGAAGAAGAUUCGCAUUGCGUUUGGCGAGAAGGUCGACGGGGAGAAGAUAUUCGGGGAUUUGAGGGAGAGGUGGAAACGGUUGGUUCGCUUGCAGCAAGAGGCGUUGAUAAAGAGGGGCGUAUGGGAGUGAAGCCGUGGCGCUGAGGAAGGAAGUCACGAAUCGGGUCA